ACAAACAUGGCGUCCUCCUCUGAUGUACAUGUCCGAAUAUGUGGCCAAGAGAUGAUCAAAUACGACCUGGAAAUCAAAGCUAUUAUUCAGGAUAUAAGAGAGUGCUGUGGGCCACAGGCGGUGCUGAUGGACCUUAAUUCAACAGUCAAGGAGAAGUUCAGUCUUUUAAGACAGAGGAUUCAGGACAUGGAGCAGAUGGCGAAAGAACAAGAUAGAGAGACUGAUAAGCAAGCUCUCCUGAGCGAAACCGAAGGCCAUCGGAAGCAGAUGUUAAGUAACCAGAUGGCUUGGAGGAAAGCAAACCUGGCCUGCAAACUGGCCAUUGAUAACCUGGAGAAGGACGAACUGCUUCAAGGAGGAGAUGCGGUGAGACAGAGGAAGGCCACCAAAGAGAGUUUGGUGCAGACAUCCAGUGACAUCACCGAGAGCCUGAUGAGCAUCAGCCGAAUGAUGGCGCAGCAGGUGCAGCAGAGCGACGAGACCAUCGGAAAUCUGGUUACGUCCUCAAGGACUGUACAAGAGACAAACGAAGAGUUUAAAGCCAUGACGGGGACCAUUCACUUGGGCCGAAAACUUAUCCUGAAAUAUAACCGCCGCGAGCUGACCGACAAACUGCUGAUCUUUUUAGCCAUCGCUCUGUUUCUGGCGACGGUGCUCUACAUCCUGAAAAAAAGACUCUUCCCCUUCAUUUAGAGCAACUUUACACUGUUUGGACUGAAACCAAUCUGUGAUUGUUACCACUCAAAUUAGCCUCACGAUUCUAAGAGGAAUAGUUCACCCAAAAAUGACAACUUAAGCACUAUUUACUCGCCCUGAAGUUGUUCUAACAACUUGAAUAUGGUUGAAAAAAAGGAGAUAUUUUGAGGAAAGCUGAAAACCUGUAACUAUUGACUUCCAUAGUAGGAAAAACUAAGAUUAUAAAAGGCAGUGGGUACAGGUUUCCAAUAUUUUUUAAAUAUCUUCUUUUUUGUUCAACAGAAGAAACUCGUAAAGGUUUGAAACAAGUAAAGGGUGAGCAAAUGAUGUCGGAAUUGAAAUUUUUGGGUGAACUAUCCCUUUAAUGGAACAUUCCACUAUUUUGGAAAUUGGCUUGUUUUACAACUCCCCUAGAGUUAAACAGUCUGACGGUAACACUUUUAGCCUAGCUUUGCAUAAAUCAUCGAAUCGGAUUAGAACAUUUUCCCAUUUUUGAACUAAUUCAGCCAAUCUCUGAGUCUGGUAGGAACAAUUUUAGCCUAGCUUAGCAUAAAUCAUCGAAUCGGAUUAGAACAUUUUCCCAUUUUUUAACUAAUUCAGCCAAUCUCUGAGUCUGGCUGGAACAAUUUUAGCCUAGCUUAGCAUUAAUCAUCGAAUCGGAUUAGACAAUUUUCCCAUUUUUGAAUCCAUUCAGCCAAUUUCUAAGUCUGGCAGGAACAAUUUUAGCCUAGCUUAGCAUUAAUCAUCGAAUCGGAUUAGACCAUUUUCCCAUUUUUGAAUCCGUUCAGCCAAUUUCUAAGUCUGACGGGAACACUUUUAGCUUAGCUUAGCGUAAAUUAUUGAAUCAGAUUAGACCAUUUUCCCAUUUUUCAAUCCAUUCAGCCCAUCUCUAAGUCUGGCAGGAACACUUUUAGCUUAGUUUAGCAUAGAUCAUUGAAUCACAUUAGACCAUUAGCAUCUUGCUAAAAAAAAAAAAAAAUUCAUAUUGAUCAUUUUCCUAUUUAAUCUUGUACUCAGACUGACGGAAGUUUCUAGGUGGAUAUGGCCAGGAACUAUACUGCAUAGCAGGCCCAUGCACAGCCUCUUACAGGGGCAGGUGCUCAACACAAUCGCAAAGUGAAGAGUGGGGGGAGGGGGACAUAGACGAAAGGUUGUAAUC